AUGAGUGCUAUUCAAAAGCCAGAUAACUUGCAAUUUUACUGCCAACAACAACUGGAUUCGUGGGGGACUCAAGCCGACCUCGAUCCGUGCUCAGCUUUCCAUGAGAUUGCCUUUCAGAUGGUCAUGCGCCCUGCUUCCUUCGAUAUAGCCGACGAUCCAGCCCUUUUGUCGCGUCUAAAACCACUUGUCGAUCUUGUCGACUCAACUUCCAAUACGUCCGAAAGUUCAUGGCUACCCAAUAUCUCGUCCCUUUGCAAGAUCUCCGCUUCUGCGCGCAUAUACAGGAUCAUUCAGGCAGAGAUUCAGAAGAGGAGGAGCAGUGGAAGUCACAAGAGAGACACCCUCCAGCAGAUGCUGGAUGACGGAGAGAGUAGUUUUCACAUAUUCGGCCUCAUGCUAGGUCUUUCUCUAGCCGGAGCACGUGCCAUGGGAACUACAGUAACAUGGCUGAUCAUGUAUCUCGCCUCUGAUCCACACUGGUCUGCGGCUGUGCAGAAAGAGAUUGAAACUCUGAUAUCAGUACAUGCCGCCUCUCCCAGUCAAAUUCUGACCGAAACUCUCUCGUCAAUACCCCUGCAAGCCUGGGAAACCCAAACCCCUACACUGGAUCUCUGCAUCCGCGAAACCCUACGCAUCGCUCAGCCCUACACAGCCGUGCGAAAGAACGUUGGUCCAGAAUUAACAGUUGGACCUUACACCAUCCCUUCCGGGGCUUCAGUUGUCUAUCCAUUCUCAGACACAUCUAUCAACCCCAAUGAUUACCCCAAUCCAAUGCGCUGGGACCCCUCUCGGGAGUUCCGGGGGGAUUUUAUUGGCUGGGGCGCCGGGAAACACGCGUGCAAGGGCCAGAGACUCGGAACUCUAAGUAUGAAACUUUUGGUUGCUUCGGUCUUGAUGAGGUAUAGAAUAACCAUGGGGGUGCAAGCUCCGCCGGUUCCGGAUUGGAGUUCUGCAGCCUGUCGACCCAUGGAGAAGUGUGGAAUCAAGCUUACUGCUAAGUCAUCAUAG